CUAUGAACUCCAUACAUGAAGAACUAACAAAAAUGGAUAUAUGGUGUGACACCUGGAGACUUGAGUUUAAUGUCGAAAAGUGUGGCUGGCUCUGCAUAGGCUGUCCCAACCUAGAACUCGACCUAGCAAUUCAGGGCCACAAAAUCCCUAGACUCAAAUCUGUGCUAGACCUAGGACUGACAUAUUCACACAAUCUAUCAUUUUCUGAACAUAUCUCGAAACAAGUAUCGAAAUCACGCAGGCUUAUUGGUUUCCUACUCAGGAACUUCUACAGAAGUGAAUCCAGAAUACUACUGUACAAGGUUUGUGUGCGCCCACUCCUAGACUAUUGUUCAUUCAUAUUUAGUAGUAUACGCAUAGAAGACAAACUAAAAGUAGAAGGAGUACAGAGGUACUUCACGCUGAAAGUAAUCGGAACUGAAAACGGCACAAACUACUCUACCAGAUGUGAAAUUCUAGGACUAGAAACAUUAUGGUUAAGACGACUGCGGCUAAAUCUGGUACUCUUCUAUAAACUACUUAACCACAUAGUGUAUACCCCUACUAAUUGUACUCGGUUUUCAGAAGACACUGGAUAUAACCUUAGACACACUCAAGGUACGGUGGCUAUAGAACAAUGUAAAACAGCCACCAGGCAAAAAUUUUUCAUGAUUAGGUAUGCACAGAUAUGGAAUAAACUGCCAAUGGAAAUGCGUCAAGCAAGUACAUUGGCCUCCUUCAAAAAGGUGCUUAAUGACAAACUACAAGAGUUUGCAAACGAUAGUAGUUCUAGUUCCUAUCUGAGAGCCUCCGAAAUUAUAGGUUCAUUUAAUGUAUAAGCUUAAAUACUACACCUGUUGUUUUUGCCUAUAUUUAUAAUUCUAGAUAAAACAUUAACGGUUAAGAUACGUAUCCUCAAACAGACAAGAAAUCUCGUUUGUAAAACUACUACCCAACACAAUAAGUGGAAUAAAAUGGACAUAAACCGACAACAUGAAAAAGGUAUAACUCACCACAACAUCACAUGGACAGAUGAACGCUCGUUGGGCACCAUAUAUCCCUCACCAACUGCAACCCACCUUUCCUUAGAUAAUGUGAUGAACUUAUAUCAAUAAUGUUGCUGAGCAGUUAAUAUUCUCAACUCCUGUCGGAACAGCUGAAAUUCAUAAACCUUCCUAACGCUAAGAAAAUACCCACAAGCAGUAGAAAUCCAUUAAUUAAUGC